AACGUGGAUAAGAGGAACUAACCAGGAGCUUCUACAAAAUAACCAAAAAAAAAAAAUAAUGGUCUCCUAAAUGUUAUUUGCAAACGUACUCUUAUAGGUAAGUAAGUAUUUUGCAAAUGAAAAAACGCAGAGAGAGUAAUAAUGUUUAGAAAUGGAAGCUAUUCACCCAACGGUCGGAGAGUAUAAGCUGACGUGUAAACUCGGCGGCGGUUCAUCGUCGACGGUAUGGAAAGCUGAGCACCGGAAGACCGGGAAAGUGGUGGCGCUAAAGCAAAUCGACCGGUUCAACCUGACUCGCCAGCUCAAAAAUUGCUUGGACUGUGAACUCACCUUCUUAUCUUCUGUUCAACAUCCAAAUAUUAUUCGCCUUUUCAAUGUCUUUGAGGCUGAAAACUCUGUCUUCCUUGUCUUGGAGUUUUGUGCCGGAGGGGAUCUGGCUUCUUAUAUUCACAAUCAUGGAAGAGUUCAAGAAUGUGUAGCUAGAAAAUUUAUGAAACAGAUAGUAGCGGCUGGCCUAGAAGUAUUGAGCAUGCACCAAAUCAUCCACCGUGACUUGAAGCCAGAGAACAUUCUUUUAUCUACCACGGAGAAUGACCCGAUUCUUAAGAUUGCUGAUUUUGGUCUCUCAAGAAUAUUAAAUCCGAACGAUCUUGCGGAAACAGUUUGUGGGUCCCCUUUUUACAUGGCUCCAGAAAUUCUACAAUUUAAAAAAUACGAUGACAAGGUUGAUAUGUGGAGUCUCGGUGCAAUUCUUUUUGAACUACUUAAUGGUUACCCCCCCUUCCGCGGUAGUAGUAGUGUCCAGAUACUGCAGAAUAUCAAGUCAUCUCUAUGUCUUCCUUUCGCUGAGCCGAUUCUUCCUCAGUUGCACCCUGAUUGUAUUGACUUAUGCUCCAGACUAUUGUCUAUCAAUCCAGAGAACCGGAUCUCUUUCGAAGAGUUUUUUCAACAUGACUUUUUGAAGGUACAUGAAAGGGGGAGAUGAGAGCUUCUGUUAGAGGUCAAAACAUCCGGAUAUCUCACUGAGCGGAAGUGCUCACCAGUUAAAUCAUCCAUGUUUAUAUUGGAUUCCGUUUUUCAUUUGUCACGUUAGUCAGAUCAGCUUUUUUUCCUGCUGAUUUACUCCAGACUAGUCACAGUCGAUCAGUUCGGAAUCAUCUAAAGAUGUCAUUUUCAGAAAUCUACCCUCUAUGCUUCAUUUGUCUGUAAAUUGUCAUAUACAACCUGAUAACAAUUGUACAUCCUAGUUUUCUUUUUAACGGAUGAGUCAGUCAAGAUUUACCCUUCUAA